AUGCAAAGUUCGAAGGAUAACAUCUUUGGCGAUUACCGCAUUGAAUCCAACACCAACAACAAUACAAUUGCACUAGAGUUCUCGAUAACCCCAUUACUACAGGCUAUUCGCUCUGCUGGGUACAGGGACUCGGCGGAAACGACGGUGCGUUUAGCAAAGAAGGGGACAGAGGCUGCUUUGUGCAUCGAGGCCAAGGCGCAAACGAGAGACGGGAAGAGAGUCAAUAUUACACAUGACGUCCAUGUCGUAGUGCGAAGAGCGGCCGAAGUAGACGAAAUGGCUCAACCACGAUGUCCACCGCUCGAAACCCACAUAGAGCUUCCUUCAGUGGACCAGUGUCGUCCCGUGGUCGAACAUUUGUCACGCAUAGGCGAUAUCAUCUGGCUUGGUGCUACGCGAGACGGUCGGUUUAGGUUGGGAAUUAAAACCACCGCUGGAGAUAUAGAAACAAUGUGGAAGAAUUUGAAGAAUGCCACCGUUGUACGCCAAGAGACUGAAGAAGACGACAUGGAAGAUCAGUCUAUAGAUGACUCAGAUUGGCAUGUCGUACCUCUUGCCUCCAAGGUUCUGCAAAAAUGGUUCUCUAGCCAAAUCUUACAGAACCACAUCAUUGCAGGAAUUGCUCCAAACUAUUGUGUCGUUGCAUACGUCUAUGUGGGGGACAGAAAGCAUGGCGGAGUGAUCACAUACUACAUGCCCUCUCGUCAUAUUGCGUACGAUUAG